GCCUUUGGAUUGCAGCUGCUUAUUUUGGGCAGUCCUACCAGGGACGAUUCCUGCCAGGAAAGAAGCUGGACCGGUCUCUUUUUUUUAAAAUUAUUUUUGUUAUUUUGUAUUUCGCUUUUGAUUUCCAUUUUUUGGGGGUGGUGGCGGUGCAUGGUCGAGCCGCCUGCUGCGAUGAGCUCCGGCGCCUGGCCGUAGUUGCCCACUUUGGGAUCGCUGGACACAUAAAGUGGCGUUUCGGUGGGGGGAAGCCUGCAGACAUGUGAGAAUGGCUGGACCAUUGCAGUGGCGCACUGAUUUUUGUGGAUGGUGAACACAAAAAGGGGAUUGCGAAGAGACCGCCAGAGUUAUUCUGACACAUGACUUGAGUGCUUUCUAUUCUUAGACAAAUGAGGAUCUGAAAUAUGUAGACUGAGAGUAAUACAUGUCGAUGUUAAAACUGUAUACUGCAAGAAGUAUUUGAUGGAUUAUUCCUAGAUACUUCAAAGAAGGUAUAUACAAAAAAUUAUUCCGAUCUGAUCACCACGCAGCCGUCAUUAUUUUAAUGUUGAAGACUGAGACAAGAGUGCCAUGGAUGUGAAAGAAAGGAAACCGUACCGAUCUCUGACUAGGCGCCGCGACACUGAGCGCCGCUAUACCAGCUCUUCAGCGGAGAGUGAGGACAGCAAGGCACCCCAGAAGUCCUACAGCUCCAGCGAGACCCUGAAGGCUUAUGACCAAGACUCCAGGUUGACCUACAGCAACCGAGUCAAAGACAUGGUGCACCAGGAGGCCGAUGAAUUCUGCCGAGCAGGAGCCAACUUCUCCUUGCGAGAGCUGGGCCUUGAAGAUGUGACGCCCACGCACGGGACUUUGUACCGGACUGAUAUCGGGCUGCCCCACUGCGGCUACUCCAUCAGCGCCGGCUCGGACGCCGACACCGAGGCGGACGUGGUCAUGUCGCCCGAGCACCCCGUGAGGCUCUGGGGACGCAGCACCAAGUCAGGUCGCAGCUCCUGCCUGUCCAGCCGGGCAAACUCCAACCUCACGCUCACCGACACAGAGCACGAGAACACCGAAACCGGUCCUCCCCUGCGCGGCUCGUCCGCCUCCUCCACCCCCCCCGCGCACUCCCCCUCCCCUCCCCCCUCGCCGCCGGCCAAUGAGGGCCCGGGGCGGUUGCUAGGCAACGGCGCGGCCCCGCCGGCCCCGGACUCUGAGUCUGAGGAAGAGUUUGUCCCUAGUUCGUUCUUAGUUCAAAGUGGCUCUGGAAACCUCUGUGUCCCCAACAACGAUCAUCCUCCAAAUCUUCAAAAUCAUUCAAGACUUAGAACUCCGCCACCUCCAAUAUCACAUGCUCACACCCCAAAUCAGCAUCACGCGGCCUCCAUCAAUUCCCUAAACAGAGGGAACUUUACUCCACGCAGCAACCCCAGCCCAGCUCCUACCGACCACUCUCUUUCUGGAGAACAACCAGCUAGCACCCAAGAGCCAGCCCAUGCUCAGGACAACUGGUUACUUAACAGUAACAUCCCGCUGGAGACUAGAAACAUAGCAAAGCAGACAUUCCUAGAGACAUUGCAGGACAACCUCAUUGAGAUGGACAUUCUCACCUCCUCCCGACAUGACGGUGCUUACAAUGAUGGGCACUUCCUGUUCAAACCUGGAGGCACUUCUCCCCUCUUUUGUACAACGUCGCCGGGAUACCCCUUGACGUCCAGCACUGUGUACUCACCUCCCCCUAGGCCCCUUCCCAGAAGUACGUUCUCUAGGCCUGCCUUUAACCUGAAGAAACCCUAUAAGUACUGUAACUGGAAAUGUGCUGCCCUGAGUGCCAUUGUCAUCUCCGUCACGCUAGUGAUCCUGCUGGCAUAUUUCAUAGCCAUGCACCUGUUUGGCCUAAACUGGCACCUGCAGCCGAUGGAAGGGCAGAUGUAUGAAAUCACGGAAGACACAGCCAGCAGUUGGCCAGUGCCAACGGACGUCUCCUUAUAUCCUUCGGGGGGCACAGGGUUAGAGUUACCUGACAGGAAAGGCAAAGGAACCAGUGAAGGAAAGCCCAGUAGUUUCUUUCCAGACGACAGUUUUAUAGACUCUGGAGAAAUCGAUGUUGGCAGAAGAGCCACACAGAAGAUCCCUCCUGGUAUCUUUUGGAGGUCUCAGGUGUUCAUCGACCACCCAGUGCAUCUGAAAUUCAAUGUGUCUUUAGGAAAGGCUGCUCUGGUGGGCAUCUAUGGCAGAAAAGGCCUUCCACCAUCACAUACACAGUUUGAUUUUGUUGAGCUCCUUGAUGGAAGACGUCUACUGACGCAGGAGGCAAGAAGCCUAGAAGGACCUCAGCGGCAACACAGAACUUUCGUGCCAUUGUCCAGCCAUGAGACGGGGUUUAUCCAGUAUUUGGAUUCAGGAAUAUGGCAUUUGGCCUUCUACAAUGAUGGCAAGGAAUCAGAAGUGGUUUCUUUUCUUACUACUGCUAUUGAAUCAGUGGAUAAUUGUCCCAGUAAUUGCUAUGGGAAUGGAGACUGUGUGUCUGGGACUUGCCAUUGCUUCCUUGGCUUUCUGGGCCCUGACUGCGGCAGAGCUUCUUGCCCAGUGCUGUGCAGUGGAAAUGGACAGUACAUGAAGGGAAGGUGCUUGUGCCACAGUGGCUGGAAAGGAGCAGAAUGUGAUGUCCCCACCAACCAGUGCAUUGAUGUCUCCUGCAAUAACCAUGGCACAUGCAUCAUGGGGACCUGCAUCUGCAACCCAGGAUACAAGGGGGAGAGCUGUGAAGAAGUGGACUGCAUGGAUCCUACGUGUUCGGGACGAGGUGUGUGUGUGCGAGGAGAAUGCCACUGCUCUGUUGGCUGGGGAGGAACAAACUGCGAGACCCCAAGAGCCACUUGUCUGGACCAGUGCUCUGGACAUGGGACCUUCCUCCCAGAUACUGGACUCUGCAGCUGUGAUCCCAACUGGACUGGACAUGACUGUUCAAUCGAGAUUUGUGCAGCGGACUGCGGAGGACAUGGCAUUUGUGUUGGAGGCACCUGCCGCUGCGAGGAGGGAUGGAUGGGCACAGCCUGUGAUCAACGAGCGUGUCACCCACGCUGCAAUGAGCAUGGGACAUGCCGGGAUGGCAAGUGUGAAUGCAGCCCGGGUUGGAAUGGAGAGCACUGCACUAUUGAGGGAUGCCCUGGCUUGUGCAACGGCAACGGCAGAUGCACUCUGGACAUGAACGGCUGGCACUGUGUCUGCCAGCUGGGCUGGAGAGGAGCGGGCUGCGAUACUUCCAUGGAGACAGCAUGCGGCGAUGGAAAAGACAAUGAUGGAGAUGGCCUGGUGGAUUGCAUGGACCCAGACUGCUGCUUGCAGCCAUUGUGCCAUGUCAACGCGCUGUGCCUAGGCUCCCCGGACCCUCUGGAUAUCAUCCAGGAGACACAAGCCCCCAUCUCCCAGCAGAACUUGCAUUCCUUCUACGAUCGGAUCAAGUUCCUGAUCGGCAAGGACAGCACCCACAUCAUCCCAGGAGACAAUCCCUUUGAAGGCGGACACGCGUGUGUGAUUCGAGGCCAGGUGAUGACAGCAGAUGGGACGCCUCUAGUUGGAGUGAACAUCAGCUUUGUCAACAAUCCUCUUUUUGGAUACACAAUCAGCAGACAAGAUGGCAGCUUUGAUCUCGUUACUAUUGGUGGGAUCUCCAUCAUCCUGCACUUUGAGCGGGCUCCCUUCAUCACCCAGGAGCACACGCUGUGGCUGCCGUGGGAUCGCUUCUUUGUAAUGGAGACCAUAGUCAUGCGGCACGAAGAGAACGAUAUCCCAAGCUGUGACCUCAGUAACUUUGCCCGGCCCAACCCCGUGGUCUCUCCGUCUCCGCUAACAUCCUUUGCAAGUUCCUGUUCGGAGAAAGGUCCUAUCGUUCCCGAAAUCCAGGCUCUACAGGAGGAGAUUAACAUUUCUGGUAGUAAAAUAAAAGUGAGUUACCUGAGCAGUCGCACAGCUGGCUACAAAUCAGUCCUGAGGAUCAGCAUGACCCACCCCACGAUUCCCUUCAACCUCAUGAAAGUCCAUCUCAUGGUGGCUGUCGAGGGACGCCUCUUCAGAAAGUGGUUUGCAGCUGCUCCGGACCUGUCCUAUUAUUUCAUCUGGGAUAAGACAGAUGUCUACAGCCAGAAGGUGUAUGGGCUCUCGGAAGCCUUUGUUUCUGUGGGUUAUGAAUAUGAGUCUUGUCCUGACUUGAUCCUAUGGGAGAAGAGGACGGCUGUGCUUCAGGGUUAUGAAAUUGAUGCAUCCAAACUUGGAGGAUGGUCUCUGGACAAACACCAUGCCCUAAACAUACAAAGUGGCAUCUUGCAUAAAGGAAAUGGGGAAAACCAGUUUAUUUCUCAGCAGCCACCUGUAAUUGGAAGCAUUAUGGGCAACGGUCGCAGACGUAGCAUUUCCUGUCCAAGCUGCAAUGGUCUUGCAGAUGGUAACAAACUUCUGGCUCCUGUUGCCCUAACAUGUGGGUCUGAUGGAAGCCUUUAUGUUGGAGAUUUCAACUACAUCCGAAGGAUCUUUCCCUCUGGCAAUGUCACCAACAUACUGGAGCUAAGCCACAGCCCAGCUCAUAAGUAUUACUUGACCACAGAUCCAAUCACUGGCUCCAUCUACCUCUCUGACACCAACAGCCGACGCAUCUAUAAAAUCAAGUCAACCACAUCCGUGAAAGACAUUGUGAAGAAUUCAGAGGUCUUGGCCGGAACGGGAGAUCAGUGCCUACCAUUUGAUGAUACCCGCUGCGGAGAUGGAGGCAAAGGCACCGACGCUACCCUUACAAAUCCCAGGGGCAUCACCGUGGACAAAUUUGGGUUGAUCUACUUUGUGGAUGGCACUAUGAUCAGGCGGAUUGAUCAGAAUGGGAUCAUCUCAACUGUGUUGGGUUCCAAUGACUUGACAUCUGCUCGGCCUCUCAGCUGUGACUCUGUCAUGGACAUUUCUCAGGUUCGUCUGGAGUGGCCCACAGAUUUGGCAGUCAGCCCCAUGGAUAAUUCGCUCUACGUGCUCGACAAUAACGUUGUGUUACAGAUAUCUGAGAAUCACCAAGUGCGCAUAGUGGCGGGGAGGCCCAUGCAUUGCCAAGUGCCAGGCAUGGACCAUUUCCUCCUUAGCAAGGUGGCAAUCCAUGCCACGUUGGAGUCUGCUACCGCUCUGGCUGUCUCACAUAACGGGGUCCUGUAUAUUGCUGAAACUGACGAGAAAAAGAUCAACCGCAUCAGGCAGGUCACCACCAAUGGAGAGAUUUCUCUUGUUGCCGGUGCACCAAGCAGCUGUGACUGCAAGAAUGAUGCUAACUGUGACUGCUUCUCUGGGGACGACGGCUAUGCCAAGGAUGCCAAGCUCAACGCGCCAUCCUCCCUUGCGGUGUGUGCAGAUGGGGAGCUGUAUGUUGCUGAUCUUGGAAAUAUCCGAAUCCGUUUUAUUCGGAAGAACAAACCAUUCCUCAACACGCAAAAUCUGUAUGAGUUAUCCUCACCCAUAGACCAGGAACUCUACUUGUUUGAUACCAGUGGUAAACACCUUUACACUCAGAGCCUUACCACUGGAGAUUAUCUUUACAAUUUUACUUAUUCCGGAGAUGGAGAUAUAACCCUGAUCACUGACAACAAUGGCAACUUAGUCAACAUCCGAAGAGAUUCCACAGGGAUGCCUCUCUGGCUGGUAGUGCCAGACGGCCAAGUCUACUGGGUGACAAUUGGUACCAACAGUGCACUCAAGAGCGUAACGACACAGGGACAUGAAGUGGCUAUGAUGACGUAUCAUGGCAACUCAGGUCUUCUUGCCACCAAAAGCAAUGAAAAUGGGUGGACGACAUUUUAUGAGUAUGACAGCUUUGGCCGUCUGACCAACGUGACCUUCCCCACUGGCCAAGUGAGCAGCUUCCGCAGCGACACCGACAGCUCUGUGCAUGUCCAGGUAGAAACCUCCAGCAAGGAUGAUGUUACCAUAACAACCAACUUGUCAGCAUCAGGAGCCUUCUACACCCUUCUCCAAGACCAAGUGCGAAACAGCUACUACAUCGGUGCUGAUGGCUCUCUCAGGCUGAUGCUCGCUAACGGCAUGGAGGUGGCCCUGCAAACUGAGCCACAUCUGCUGGCGGGUACCGUUAACCCCACUGUGGGGAAGAGGAAUGUGACCCUGCCCAUCGACAACGGCCUCAACCUGGUUGAGUGGAGGCAGAGGAAGGAGCAAGCAAGAGGGCAGGUCACUGUCUUUGGACGGCGACUGAGGGUUCACAAUAGAAACCUGCUGUCCCUUGAUUUUGAUCGUGUGACCAGAACAGAAAAAAUCUAUGAUGACCACCGCAAGUUCACACUCCGCAUCCUCUAUGACCAGGCAGGGAGGCCCAGUCUCUGGUCACCUAGCAGCAGACUGAACGGCGUCAAUGUGACCUAUUCCCCAGGAGGACACAUCGCUGGGAUUCAAAGGGGCACUAUGUCAGAAAGGAUGGAGUAUGAUCAGUCUGGCAGAAUUGUAUCCAGGAUCUUUGCUGAUGGGAAAUCAUGGAGCUACACUUACUUGGAGAAGUCCAUGGUGCUGCUCCUUCACAGCCAGAGACAGUACAUCUUUGAGUUUGAUAAGAAUGACCGGUUGUCAUCGGUGACCAUGCCCAACGUAGCCCGGCAGACUUUAGAAACCAUUCGUUCCAUUGGUUACUACAGGAACAUCUACCGGCCCCCAGAAGGCAACGCCUCAGUAAUUCAGGAUUUCACAGAGGAUGAUCAGCUCCUCCACACUUUGUACUUGGGGACAGGGAGACGUGUCAUCUACAAGUAUGGAAAGUUGUCCAAAUUAGCUGAGAUGCUCUACGACACGACAAAGAUCAGUUUCACCUAUGACGAAACUGCUGGCAUGCUAAAGACAAUAAACUUGCAGAAUGAAGGGUUCACAUGUACGAUCAGAUACAGGCAGAUAGGACCCCUCAUUGAUCGACAGAUUUUCCGCUUCACUGAGGAAGGCAUGGUGAAUGCACGAUUUGACUAUAAUUAUGAUAACAGCUUUCGGGUGACCAGCAUGCAAGCAGUGAUCAACGAGACACCUUUACCCAUUGACCUCUACCGGUAUGACGAUGUGUCGGGAAAAACUGAGCAAUUUGGUAAAUUUGGGGUCAUUUACUAUGAUAUCAACCAGAUUAUUACCACUGCCGUCAUGACUCACACUAAACAUUUUGAUGCUUAUGGCAGGAUGAAGGAGGUCCAGUAUGAGAUAUUCCGGUCACUCAUGUACUGGAUGACUGUGCAGUAUGACAACAUGGGGAGAGUUGUUAAGAAAGAGUUGAAGGUUGGCCCUUACGCAAACACAACUAGAUACUCGUAUGAGUAUGAUGCUGAUGGCCAGCUGCAGACAGUGUCUAUCAAUGACAAGCCACUCUGGCGUUACAGCUAUGACCUAAACGGAAAUCUCCAUUUGUUGAGUCCGGGGAAUAGUGCCCGCCUUACACCACUCAGGUAUGACCUCAGGGACAGGAUUACAAGACUGGGAGAUGUGCAGUACAAAAUGGAUGAAGAUGGCUUCCUAAAGCAAAGGGGCAAUGAUAUUUUUGAGUACAAUUCGGCUGGCCUGCUCAUCAAAGCUUACAACAAAGCUAGUGGGUGGAGUGUGAAAUACCGCUAUGAUGGCCUAGGAAGGCGAGUCUCUAGCAAAACCAGCCAUGGCCAUCACUUACAGUUCUUCUACGCAGACCUGACCAACCCAACCAAAGUCACCCAUUUAUACAACCAUUCAAGCUCUGAGAUCACCUCCCUCUACUAUGACCUGCAAGGCCACCUCUUUGCAAUGGAGCUCAGCAGCGGAGAUGAAUUCUACAUAGCCUGCGAUAACAUUGGAACCCCUUUGGCUGUCUUCAGCGGGACUGGCUUAAUGAUUAAGCAGAUACUAUACACAGCAUAUGGGGAGAUCUAUAUGGACACCAAUCCCAACUUCCAGAUCAUCAUUGGCUACCACGGAGGACUGUAUGACCCUCUCACGAAGCUUAUCCAUAUGGGACGGAGAGACUAUGAUGUGCUGGCGGGUCGAUGGACAAGUCCAGACCACGAUAUGUGGAAGCAUCUGAGUAGCAAUAACAUAAUGCCUUUCAACCUAUAUAUGUUCAAAAACAACAAUCCUAUUAGCAACUCUCAGGAUAUCAAAUGUUACAUGACAGAUGUCAACAGUUGGCUGCUCACCUUUGGAUUCCAGCUACACAAUGUCAUCCCCGGAUACCCCAAGCCAGAUAUGGAUGCAAUGGAGCCAUCAUAUGAGCUUAUCCACACGCAGAUGAAAACUCAAGAAUGGGACAAUAGCAAGUCAAUUUUGGGCGUUCAAUGUGAAGUGCAGAAGCAGCUGAAGGCCUUUGUCACUCUUGAGCGCUUCGAACGGAUCUACAGCUCCAGCAUUGCUGGGUGCCGGCAGGUCAAGAAGAACAAGAACUUUGCUUCUGGCGGCUCUAUCUUUGGCAAAGGCGUCAAGUUUGCCAUGAAGGACGGGCGAGUGGCCACUGACAUUAUCAGCGUGGCCAACGAGGACGGGCGGAGGAUCGCAGCCAUCCUGAAUAAUGCCCAUUACCUGGAGAACUUGCACUUCACCAUCGAUGGGGUGGACACACACUAUUUCAUUAAACAAGGGCCAUCGGAAAGUGACCUGUCCAUCUUGGGCCUCAGUGGCGGGCGGAGGACCCUGGAGAACGGCGUGAACGUAACGGUGUCCCAGAUCAACACAGUGCUAAAUGGAAGGACUAGACGUUACACGGACAUCCAGCUCCAGUAUGGCGCACUGUGUCUAAACACUCGCUACGGGACCACCUUGGACGAGGAGAAGGCCCGCAUCCUGGAGCUGGCCCGACAGCGCGCUGUCGGCCAAGCUUGGGCCAGGGAACAGCAGAGACUGCGGGAUGGGGAGGAGGGUGUUCGCUCGUGGACAGAAGGGGAGAAGCAACAAGUGCUAAACACAGGCCGGGUGCAGGGCUACGACGGCUAUUUUGUGAUCUCAGUGGAGCAGUACCCAGAACUCUCAGACAGCGCCAACAACAUCCAUUUUAUGAGACAGAGUGAAAUGGGCAGAAGGUGACAGAGAGGGUCAAUACGGUGACUUCUUGCCAAAGACAGCUACUCUUUUGUGGCCACUUACCUGACUGUGUUGUACUCAAUCCUUUUUCUAAACUGAACAAGGUGGGGGGAGGAAAACAGAAAGUGAAAGAAUAAUACGGUUGCACUGUAACUCAUGCAACAUACUUUUUUUUCUUUAAUUUGGCCUUCACACGUUUUUUGCAAUGAACAGAAGGUAUAUUUUGCCGUAGUGUGAUCACAGUGAAAUUUACUGUCUCUUGUCCUUUUUUUCCCUUUGUGAGGAAUUUGAAGUGGGGAGUCGUCAACGUACGUCCUUAGGUGUGAAGUGCAAAAUGGGUGUCUGUGCUAACUUGUGUCAUCCUAACCCUUUCUGAUUUGGGACAGGGACAGAUAGCCUUCCACCUGGAGAACAGGGAGCCCACAGCGUCCCGGAGAGCUCUUCCUGGGAAGAAAGGAAACGGAAGAUGACACUGACUCCGCAACUCUGAAAGCGACCGUCCGAAUCGUGUGCCUCAAAAGAGAACUUACAAGUAGUUUUCACGUUUCACUUGGGACAUAAAGUGUUUUUUGGGGGCUCCUGCUGAGCAGAAGUAGAUUAUAGAGGCAAAGGAGCUGAUUAUAUUAACUUGCAAGAUGAUUCUCUUCCUUCCUGAACUGGAAUAAAAAAAGAAAAAAAUCAGUCUUUUUUCAUUAUGAAAGUAGAUAUUUUGGGGGGGGGGGGUUUGUGUGUGCGCAAAUCCUGGUUUUAGUUAAAACCUAGCAAAAGCCAAGAAAGGGACUCCUGCUCUACUGAGAAAAGUGAAAAUGAACCCUCUCUCUCAUACGUAGAGCUGUUCUAUAGGUGGAUUUAAUGCACCCAUGUUGUACAUUUGCUAAUGGCAUAACUUCAUUAAAUGUGUAGUGUUUCAGUACACAAGGCUACGUGUUUAACAGUCCACUGUGCUGUAUCUGAUAAAACCAGUUAAUUUUUAGGAAGCUGAUUUGAAUUUAAAAGUAGUUUUAGUAUCCCAGUAACAUACCACUGAAAAUUAGAGCAAGCCAAACCCUGCUUUUCCUGAUUCUGGAGCUUGUAUUUAUUGGCUGGGAAACACGGUUUUGAGUAGCGUGCUGGCAAGUCAUUUAUGACUAUGGCAGAUUAACGUCUCUUGGGGACUUUGGCAGCAGGGAUUUUAAAAUGUUUAAUAAGUAGCAACAGCUUGUGCAUGGUGGGACAAGAAAGGGAAUAUUGGAAUCAGUCCUCUCACUGUUUCUUACAUGAGCUUGAAUUAACUGGAUAGCCCAGUUGACUGUUAGCAGUGAACAAGGAGGAGUUUUAAUAGAAAUGCCCACUACAGAGGGGACCAAGUGCUUUAAUAAGAAACUGCUGACAAAGUUACUCGGCAUGCUAAUGUAAUUUGUAUUCACAUAACCUCUGUGCUCUGGUACUUGCAAGAGUCCUUGAAAUUCAAGGGAACAAGGAGAUGAGCUUAGCUUCCUCUUCCCUGCCUGAAACAGUCCUGUGGUAUCAGGAGCCAUGAGGUGUUACAUCACCUCUCGCUGGAGCUCGGGCUGGAGACAGCCACCCCUGGUCCAGAAUAGACUUCUCCAUCACACUGACGCAUGGACACAUCCUGACUCUAAAAGCUCUCACUGUGUCACGGUGCUACAGAGAGAUGCAAAGCUUCAUACCAAGAAUAUUUCCUUGCGUGGAGCCUCACGGUGCACCCGUCUCCCCAGAACCAGCCUUCCUGCUCUCCCUCCACCACCUCUGGCACCCUCCGACAUAGGCUGAUAUUUCUCUUCAGAUUUCAGACCCCAAGAUAAAGCGGGGGAGUGUGUUGGGCACACGUUCCUCAAGUGGCAAAAUGUUGGCAGUCCCAAUGCUAUCACGGUUUCCCCAUAGACACAGGCUGCCAACUCAGUCUGCCGUGCCUGUCUGUUCCUGCGCUAUCGCCAGGAGGAAGGUGAUAGGAUGGAAAUUCCCCCAACAGACUGUUCUUCCUCAAAUUGCCAACCCCAUGUAAAAAGGCUAGUACAUUCAGCUUCAUGGCCAGCAUUUUGGCAGGUGCCUGAGCCCCAAGACUGACCCAUGUUGGGGUUCACCCCCAGGGACAGUCCUGGUUCUCUGGCAGGUCCUCCUGCGUGCAGCCAAGGUGGCAAAUCUCCACAUCUUGGGUGCAGAAACCCAGUGCUUUUUCUUUGAACUGCACCUUGCAGUGUGCAACCUUUAUCGCUUUGGCAGGAGUGAAUAGCAGGCAGCUGGGCUGGAAAGGGUAUCCAGCUUUCCGGAGCCAACCGGGAGGAGAUGCUUCACCCAGGCCAGCUCUAGGCUUUGGCAAGAAAACAGUUGCCUAGGGCAGCCGCCUGCUAGGGAUAUUUAAAGAGGCCAUGGCAUUACUGGCUGAUUUGCUGGUCUCGAACUCUUGGCAAGCCAGGCUGAUGCUGGUGCAGUUGCCCUGAGGAAGAGCUGGUGGGGAUUUGGGACAGCUUUAGCCAAAACCAGCAGUUGCCACCUACUCGGAGGGGGUUGCUCCUUCUCUUCUAGCUGUUCGUGUCCAGCACUGUGCUUCCCCCUCCCGGUGUUACACUAGGAGCAGAUCCCCUUGAGCACCACCCUCCAGCACCUCAGUCUUGUGGUGGCUUUGAGUGUCUAAAACAGCACAUACAGAGCUAAAAGAACUGUGGGAAGCUGGGUAGAAAGGCAUCAGCACCCAGUGUUGACCUGCAGUAGUCCAGAAAUAGCUCGAUGCACAUCCCAUUUACACCGCUCCUGUCUGAGUGGCUCAGAAGAGAAGUGGUGCUUGUAUCUCCAUCCCCAUGCAUUUGUUUCAGCGCUAACAGGAGUAGUACGAGAGCAAACAGGCCAACUUUCCAUGCAGCCAAGGAAAGGAAUUAAGUGUGAAGUAUUCCUAUUGGAACCCCGCCAGACUGAGAUGGCACCUUUACAGCCUUACACAGACUCUUCAGGUUAUUACAUGAGCUAAUGACUUCGAGGAGUUCACCCAUUUUUCAAGAGUUUUACAGUCCUGCUGCAUGCGGCAUGCCUAUAGCCAGGAGCAAUCCAACUCUGCACGCGGCAAAAGCAGCUCAGAUUACAGUGCUCUGCCUCCGCAAGCAGGCAGUCAGGUGUGGCUGAGCCUGGCUGCCCACUGAAUCCACGGAAGUCUUUACCUGGACCCACACUCUGCACAGGAAAUAUGGACAUUGCAUCAAAAAAAAAAAAAAAGAAAGAAAAAAAUAUAAAUAUAUAUAUAUGUAUAUAUAUAUUGCUAUUCUCUUUAUCAAAGUCUUUAAGCAAAAAAAUUAAACAGAGUAGCUGUCUAGCGUUAGGAGACAAACCUGCCUGAGGACAGCUACUAUGUUCCUGAAGCUCAAAAGCUUUGUCCUUCCACUUUGCUUGGGUCACAAAACUAGAAACAAACUUUUUUGGUGUCGAAACCCUGAAUUUCCCCCUUCCUCAUAGAAAAGUGCUUUGUAUACGGGAUCCCAAGUGCUUUUGAACAUGCUUUUGAAGUCCAGUUGUAUGCCAGACCAUUGCCAAGGAAAAAUGUAACUGCAGCCUAGCAUGCAUGGACAGCAUGACUUUUCAAAGUUACUGUUUGUUUGAUUCCCAAAAGGAGGGAUUGUUCCUCCAUAAAAAGGGGUUUCCCCUCAAAAUAGUAGCUCCUUUUAGUAGUCCAAAUUCCUUUGAACGACUGGGCUUGUUUUGAAUGCAGAGUUGCAUAAAGGAUGGAGGGUGCUAAUCACCUUGGGAGCAAAUCUCUCAGCUUUGAGGAAAUCCAGUAGCCUGGAGCAUGGGCUGCGGCAGACCUCCCCGUGCAAGCAGUAGGUAUUUUGCGCUCAGGCCCUAAAUAGUUGCUAAAUAUGCUUCAUUUGAAGAAAUAUUCAAACAAUGUGCAUUCGAACAAGUUCCACCGCCACAUGGCUCUGCAGCUGAAAAUCCCCUGCCUGCUCAGCCUGAUCGAAGAGGAGCAAAGUGAUGAACCAUGCAGCCUUGCUUGCAAGAAACUCACCCAGGAAAAGAGAUCUGCAGCGCUGGGUUGUUUUUUUCUCCAUCCUUCCAUCUUCCAAAAAGAAGGGUCACUAUAAAAGUCAGUCUCCAACAGAGAUGGGUCUCUCCAACUUCUUCGUUUUGUUUAUUGAGAAAAAAAAAUAUCACAUUCCUAUUGCAAUUUCAACCCUGCAAGACUAAUUUGGUACUGCGAGAAAUACAGCAAUGUCCGUUUCCUCUGAGCUCCAAAAAUCGGAGCUUGGAAAAAUCAUUAAGCGGCAGUGACCGGAGGGAAUCACGCAGCUCAUCAUAUCUUUGUCAUCACGGCUAUUGAUCAGAGCUACAAGGAAAAUGGGCCACCAGAUCUAAACAAUACCAGGAGAGAACAGAUUAGACGAGGUCGUUAAGAGCCCUGAUGCUUGAUUCGGGUUUAAAAGACGCAGAUGACUGGGAGCAGUCCCUGAGACACCAUUUGGCUGCAAGUUAGAAUCAGUGAGGGAUCUCUGUAAUAUGUCUGUAGUUGCUUUAUUGAGCUUAGGGAAGUUGGGUGAGAUUCUGCUCAGUCUAUUAUACAGACAGUGUAACAAGAAUAAAUCAAAAUCGUUAAAAAAAACAACUAAUAAAGUACUUUUUCAGCUGUGACUUGUAAGUGUCACCGUGAUAGAUGGCAGUGUGAUCCAUUAUGCAAAGACAAGGCUCUUAACAUGAAAUUUUAGAAUUCAAUUUUACGAUUUACAGAGAGGCCCCCCCCCCCCCGUAUUUACGACAUAGCAGUCUGUUUUGAUUCAAUCUCGGUGUAAUUGAAACCAGGGCAAUAGAUCUCGGUUAGUAAUAGCCACUUUUUGUAAACGGGGAGGAGGAAAUAAGCGCCUAUAAUGUAAAUAAUGGAGCUAAAAAGAUUGCUUCGCUUGUUAAAUCUUAUUUGCUUUAUCUCCUCGUUUGGCAGCGAAGGGCUCUAUCUCAGCACUACCAAACCUGGGAAAGCCAUGGGCAGCAAUAGCUGGUUUUUUGGUGGAAAAAAUGCAGGUGCCCAUUGGGUUGACCUGCACUCUCCUUCCUCAGCUAGCACAGCAGGAGCUGAUGUUCGCUCCCAGCCUGGUCAUUUUUGAUCCUGUUAUUACUCUUUUUACCACUCUCAGUAAAUUUUUAGGUAUUUGAAUUCCCCUGUUAUACUGAAGAAUUUUCCUGAGUUUUUGUAAAAAUGGAACCAGUGGAUUUCUUUUCAUCGCUAGGGUACAUUUAAAUAAAAUCACUUAUACAUGUAGAGUGGAUUUUGAGCAGACACGGCAGGGACAUGUCACACGCUCUGUUCAGAUCCCCCCACUUGGGUUCCCCCCGCCAUAACGGGGAGUUGCGUAUCCUGGGGGUCGUUUCUGACAGCGCUGCGCCUCACCGCGCUAUCCGAACCGAAAACUGUCUGAACCAAAAAAGCAAAACCUGUAGUGUCUCUCGCCUGCUGUCCUUUAAUUUCCAUAAAACUUUGUGUUACUGACAAAGUAUUACAUGGCUCAACUGUUAACUCCCAUCCCAGGCAUCAAUACUUUCUGGGCAGGGGAGCAUAGAAAACCACAAGUGAAAAUUAACUAAAUAUAUAUAUACAUAUAUAUUUUUUUUUCCUUGAAGCUGAAAACUGUUCAAGCAAAGAAUAGAGCUCUCCAAAACCAUUAGAACUUUUGGACAGUUCACUGAUGUUAUUGAUGUAACCAAUCAGAGAUUCACACUUUUCUAUUAAAAAAAAAAUGUUUAUUUUGCGUGAGGACUUCUAAUGCAGCUCCAGCUGAGAAAGAGGACUCUGUAUCAAAGCUGCAUCUAUAAGCCCAGCACUGGAGACUCUUGUCAUUACCCUGUGUAAUAAUUUUCCUGAAGUCUGGAACUAAUUUUUUGAGAAAUUUUUUUUCUCAACACUUUGUGUUUCUAAUACUGUAUUCUUGACUGUGUAAAUACAACAAGGCUGUAAAUAAGUGCAGAUGUAGAUACCUUCUAGAAAAAAAGAAAAAAAACAAAAAAUGAACAAACAGAAGUGACCGUGUGUAGCCUUCGGUGACAAAUAAAAGAAUAUUUUGUGUUUAAGAA